UGGAAUGAUGUCAGAGACCCACAGGAACGCCGCAAGAUCCAGAACAAACUAGCACAAAGGCGAUUCAGAGAGAAACAAAAGGUGCAGCGAGAGGAAAGUGAAAAGAGUUUGCGAAAUCAACGGUGGGCUGGAUCCGCCUACACGAGCCCUGAAUCACAAGAGCUACAAUCGAGUACAAACUUAUCUGGAUUACCUUGGGGAGGAAUAUCUAUGCAGUGUAUAGUGGAGUCGGGCAGAGCAAGAGAACAGCAAUCACAACAGAGUUCUCCUAAAAACUCUAUGUAUGCUGCGACA